GUCGCGAUGUAUGCAGAAACUGGCAAGUUCCUACAACAGCCACGGUCACGGCCACACGCCUCAUCACGGAGUUCAACUACGAAGUCCAGAUGGGCGUGCGGUUCCUUCACAGCCUCAUUGACAGGCCACAACUCCAGCGAAUCGUCAUGCACCGCAUUGACGCCUGCACGCGGUGGUCGGCGAACGGCGUCCUCAACGACAAGGGGGAGAUCACGCUGUACACCCGCAUCAGUGAGUUAUGGGUUACCAUGCACGGGCCUAUGAGGAUCUUGGUCCAAGACGGAGAAUCUGGCAUGAAGGGCAGAGCAGUGGCGGAUUGGGCGGAGGCGAACCGUAUCCAGCUCAAGCGCCGGCCUCCCGGUUCGAAAGCUUGGAUUGCAGAGCGGCGCCAACAGAUCCAACGCAAAACCUUCCACUCCACUGAAGGCCAGAUGCAGAAAGAGGGCAUUGAUGCCCCUGUAGAAAAGACGCUGGCGACCGUCACGUUCGCGCACAAUGCCUUGGCGAACGCCGAUGGGAGCGCGGCGUGCAAAGCCUUGCACGGCAGGGCGCCCACUGUCCUCAUCACCUUCGGCGGCGCGACGGAGGCGGAGCGUGGUCAUCGAUUUCCUCGCGGCGAGGCGCCGGCUCGCAGUCGAGCGCGAAUCAGAGAGAUCGCCGUGGCCAAGAUCGCGGAGCGCACAGCAAAAGACCGCCUACGGCGAGCAGACCACCACAGGACGAGACCUGCUCUGGAACUCACGAAGUUGAAGGUCGGACAACAGGUCGACAUCUGGUUCGAGCCGUCGUCUGAAGACGUGAGCGGCUGGCGGGGGCCAGCGGGGGCCAAGACGAUCCAGCAUGACGAGAACGCUGUGGCGGUGCGCUACCAGGGCAGGACCCUUGACCGACGUGGCCAAGAGGUGCGGGAGCACGUGGCCUACCUAAUCUUCCUGAUCAGCCAGAAACAGCACCACCACGCACAAUGGACUACAUUGCGCGACGCGUGCGAGAACCUGCGCAUCAAGGCGGUGAAAGUGCACGGACUUGUGUACCACGGCGACACACGCAACCCCGGUUGGCAUCUGACGAAGACCAGCCAGACGAAAUCAGGACACCAGGUUUUGGAAGCAGGCCUCUUUGUGGCAUCCACGGUGGUUCGCAUUGCAGAGUGCACCACUGUGAGACUUCGGGGGGUGUCCUCCUUGCAGCUGCUCCUGAACUUCAGUUGCAUUGAACUGUGGAUCUGGCACUCUACGCUCCAAGGCGGGGGCGAAGACAAUCCUCCCAUGGUGUUUGACAGUGCGGGCGGCGACCUCGACAAGAGCAUCGAUAUCAAGAACUUUGUCGGCAACGACCCG